AUGAAAACAGUUAGAUACUCAAUGAUGCCACAGUAUUUUCUUCGAUGGCUUCUGUUCAUCGAUCUUGUUUGUUCACAAUUCCAGUCGCAUAUUCACGUUGGCGAUUUCGGUACAUCAUUCGCACCUGCUGAUCCAAUUGAGUUAAUAAAUACAAUCUCGGUAUCAUCACAAAUCCGUUGUGCACAAACAUGUAAUGUGAAUCCCUUGUAUCGGACAUUCGAUUAUGAUACAUCAUCUAAACGAUGUCGACUAUUUGAAGGUGAAAUAACAACUGGUCACGUGAAUAGAUCAGCAGCUAUUCCAUCAACGUCAAGAGUUAGUAGUAUUGCAUAUACACAACAACAACAUUUUCUUUUAGUGUUAACAUCUAGUAAAAGAAUAUGUACAAAACUACGUUUGUUAAACGUUAAUACUUUAUUAUGUUUUUAA